AUCAUCCCAUCGCCCAUGGUUUCAGAAACCCCAUCUCCAGUUUCAAGGCUUUCCCAAUCCUCUAUAAUUAGUAAUUACAACAACUCCAAAACCCACAAUAGAAACCUCUCAUCUUCCCUUCACAGUUCACAUGGAAGCUGCUAAUUCCAUUGGCUCUGCCUCUGCCUCUGCCUCCCACCCCACUUCGGCGCCACUGCCGCUGCCGGUGGCUCCCAAUGCCUCGAGCGGCACGCUCGGCCGCCACCUCGCGCGCCGGCUCGUAGAGAUUGGAGUCGGCGACGUGUUCUCUGUUCCCGGAGAUUUCAACUUGACCCUUUUAGAUCACUUGAUAUCAGACCCAGAACUGAACUUGAUCGGCUGCUGCAACGAGCUCAACGCCGGCUACGCCGCCGACGGCUACGCUCGAGCCAAGGGCGUCGGCGCGUGCGUGGUCACUUUCACUGUUGGUGGGCUCAGCGUGCUGAACGCUAUUGCUGGAGCCUACAGCGAGAAUUUGCCCGUGAUUUGUAUUGUGGGUGGCCCCAAUUCGAACGAUUAUGGUACUAACAGGAUCUUGCAUCACACAAUUGGGCUUCCCGAUUUCACCCAGGAGCUUCAAUGCUUUCGAACAGUCACCUGUUUUCAGGCGAUAGUGAAUGAUUUGGAUGAUGCGCAUGAGUUGAUAGACACAGCGAUUUCAACUGCUUUAAAGGAGAGCAAGCCAGUCUAUAUAAGCAUAAGUUGCAAUCUUCCUGGAAUUGCUCAUCCUACUUUUGCCAGAGAUCCUGUCCCCUUCUGUCUUGCUCCCAAGAUAAGCAACCAGUGCGGGUUAGAAGCAGCAGUUGAAGCAACUGCAAAUUUUCUGAACAAGGCAGUGAAGCCGGUGAUUGUGGGCGGGCCGAAGCUAAGAGUGGCGAAGGCACAACGGGCGUUCGUCGAGCUGGCCGAUGCGAGCGGAUACCCGAUCGCGGUUAUGCCGUCGGGGAAAGGCCUGGUGCCAGAGCACCAUCCACAGUUCAUAGGGACGUACUGGGGCGCUGUGAGCACCAGCUUCUGUGGGGAGAUAGUUGAAUCUGCCGAUGCUUAUGUAUUCGUUGGCCCAAUUUUCAACGAUUACAGCUCUGUUGGAUACUCUCUGCUUGUCAAAAAGGAGAAGGCUGUGAUUGUGAAUGAGACCCGUGUGACCAUCGGCAACGGCCCCUCCUUCGGCUGGGUUUUCAUAGCUGAUUUUCUUACUGCAUUAGCCAAGAGGGUGAAGAAAAACCCCACUGCUCUUGAGAAUCACCACCGAAUAUUUGUCCCUCCUGGCGUGCCUCUAAACUAUGCAAAGGACGAACCUUUACGAGUCAAUGUUCUCUUCAAACAUAUCCAGCAUAUGUUGUCUGGAGAGACUGCGGUAAUUGCUGAAACGGGCGAUUCAUGGUUCAACUGUCAGAAGCUUCGCCUUCCUGAAAAUUGCGGGUUUGAAUUCCAGAUGCAAUAUGGAUCCAUUGGAUGGUCUGUUGGUGCCACUCUCGGAUAUGCUCAGGCCACUAAAAAUAAGCGUAUAAUCGCCUGCAUCGGUGAUGGGAGUUUCCAGGUAACAGCUCAAGAUAUUUCGACGAUGAUCCGAUGUGGGCAGAGGAGCAUCAUCUUCCUAAUCAACAAUGGCGGAUAUACCAUAGAAGUAGAGAUUCACGACGGCCCAUAUAAUGUGAUAAAGAAUUGGAAUUACACUGGACUAGUUGAUGCCAUCCACAAUGGCCAAGGAAAAUGCUGGACUGCCAAGGUACGAACCGAGCAAGAACUGAUAGAAGCGAUAUCGACCGCAAGCGGCGAACACAAAGAAUCUCUGUGUUUCAUUGAAGUUUUGGUGCAUAAGGAUGACACGAGCAAAGAGCUGCUAGAAUGGGGCUCUCGCGUGGCUUCUGCAAACAGCCGCCCUCCAAAUCCUCAAUAGCGACUGCUGAAGGAUGAAGUAACGUUAACUGGCGAAUAAAAGUAGGCUCAGUUUUUCAUUCUGUUUAUUAAGAUGGAGAAACCUACUCUGCUUCUUUGGAUCGGCUGUAAAUGCUUGCUUGUCGUGGGAUUCACUUUUUUUUUUUUCCCUCACCGUGUUCAAUCAUUUAAAACAUUUUAUGUUUUAUCUAAGAUUUUAAACGUGAUACCGAUAUAAAUGUCAAAUUCUCAGUUUUAUAAAAA